UUAUUUCUGUUCCCAAGCUCAACAAGAACGGAAAACUCGAAUUAGAGAUCAAGAUAGUUAAGACGCAAAUACUAGUAGAGGAACAGGCGUCUUAAUCUACUGACUGUUGUCCGCAUCUCAUGUCCGACGUGGUGUUGUACUUAACUACUCUCUAGCUAACAAACUAUUGUACAGGAGAUGUCUUGACUAACUAUUGUAGAACAAAUAGCAAAUGUCCUUACUUCUAUCGAUGUUGAAAAUGUCUCUAUGAAACGAAAAAGUGAACUCACACUCAAGGAAUUGGCUACGAUUUAAGUAGGAAAAUAGCCACUUUUUUUGAGUGUGAGUGCACUUUUUUCUUUCAUAGUCUCCUCCAUUAUUGUAGUCAGGAUAAGCAAUUGAAGAGGAAAUAAAAGAAAGCGAAAGACACAAUUAUUGGGACACAAUUAUUGUAACCGCAUCCAUUUCAUCAAUUGGCAUGUAAAAGUAAAACCUUAAGCGCCGAUGGCUAAGUAUAGUCGUUUGGGAUGCAGUAUGAUGAAACCUUAAGCGGCGAAACGUAGGCACCCUUCUAUCCUAUCCUCCCCUAUCACUAUCCUAUAAACUUCUUCUAAAACGACGGAGGGCGCCGAGCCAACCCUUUUAUCCGCUGCCGACCUGAACAAAUUAUUUUCCUCGAAAUCCUCGGAAGUCUACACUAUCAACAAGAAAGAACAAUCGUCGGUUAAGGCCCUACUGAUUCAAUGACUCACUAGUAGAAGUUCACGAUUCUUUCAGGUGCUCUUCACAGUCUUCUUCUUCUUCUUUAUUUAAAUUUCCUUCUUGUUUCGAAUAAUUUGGAUUUUGCUGAUGUGAAGAUCUCACAUAGGAAGUACAAUCGACUUUCGAUUUCUGUUAGUACUGGAGUACUGCUUUUUUUUAGUCCGCAAUGCGUGGCACUUUUCAUCUUUAGAACAUUAGAAUCUUGUCUUAGACUUACUAAAAAUCGUGAAACAUCAUUGAAUCCGCAAAAGACAGAAAGGGACAGUUUGAUCGUCUAACUUGUUCUUCUAUUCAAUUUUUGAAGACGAUCAUCCGUUAGAAUAAGCUCAGAAGUUCUUGUAGUUGCAAGUUAGUACGUCACUGGUACAAUACUAGAAAUAUUAGAAAUAGUUGUCAUUACCUCCUCAUCCUCUCUCACACAUUCUGCGCAUGCCUCUGAAUCUUGUCUAAUCCCCGCACGACCGCCGAUCCGGCAAAGACAGAAAGGGACAGUUUGCUAGAUGAAGUCCUAUCGCAGAUUCCAGCACCUUCUGGAACCGUAUUUCGACGAGAGGUGACUAAAGUGACCUGUAUACCAGCAAAAGACGCAUUGCCUUAAGACUCGUCUUGUAGACUACUUGAGUUUUUUCCGAAUCAUGAAUUCAAACUCCUUAUUUUGAUAAGCAAAAAAUAAGAAGCAUUAGAAGCAUCUACUAGUACUCGUCCUCUGACGUGUUUGUUCAUUCAAGGAGAAGAAAAAGAUGAAAAUGUUCGUCAAAGAGCAAGGAUGCACUUCUCUCCAAGGAGAUGAAGAAUUACUUAGGUGGAGGCAAACUGAUUCUAAUCACAAACUACUGAUUCUAUUAGUGUACCUACACGGUCUAAAUGCCGAAGGACUGGGACCGAGACGAUGUGGUCAAAAUGGAUGACCUCAUUUGUACACGCUCAGCUAAACAGGUGUUUAACUACAAAGACAAAGACGGAAAACAAAAAACCGUAGAUCUGGAAGGAUCUUCUCUUCCCCUUGGCGACGACGAAGGAACCGGAAAAUCUAGUUCUCCAACGUCUGCAAAUGCCACAACUACUACAAUUAAGGAACACAGAGACAGAGUGGAGUUAUAGUUUUGCUCUUCUAUUUUAAGGGACAUCAAUCAAGUUCAAGUGCAGAACUUGAAGUAACAGGAUCAGAUGAAGCUAUUUUUAACACCAAAAGCCUACUUACUUCAUCUAAUAUAAACGUCACCAAAAAAAUUUUCCGUGCCAGCGAUGAUGACGACGAUGAGGAUGACGAUUAAGACAGUCUCCCAUUUUGAAAAGCAUCUUGGACCUCCCCUGUAAGUAGGGGGAAACUGGAGGGUCCUCCACCAAGAUGAGUUGGACUCAAUAAAAUGGGAGACUCCCGGAAGGUCUAAGAAGAUGAGGUUCUAAAGCUAUCUUCAUCGGCUAUGAGUUCGUCUUCCAGCAAAAGUGGAGAAACCUUCUCAUCUUCUUCAUCGACUAGGAGUGCCAACCAGAACCUCCAAAUGCGGUGUGCGAGUCUGAACGCUGACGAGGAUCGAACGGACCCCACAGUUGCCGCAAAAAGGGCUUGGGCCGCUCAUCAGUACCAC